AUGAUGAACACUCUGGGUCUUGGUCUUCUUUGUUUGCUCCUCUGGCCUGAGUCUGCAGAGGCUCAGUUUCCUCGAGUGUGCUGCACCGUUGAGGGGAUCAUGUCCAAGCAGUGCUGCCCCGCUCUGGGAUCAGAUCCGGCCAAUGUGUGCGGCUCUCUGUCGGGCAGAGGAAGCUGCUUGGCUAUUAGAGUCGACACCAAACCCUGGGGAGGACCGUACAAACUGAGAAACGUUGAUGACAGAGAGAGGUGGCCGACCAAAUUCUUCAAUCAGACUUGCAGAUGCACCGGUAACUUUGCGGGUUAUGACUGUGGUCAGUGCAAAUUUGGCUGGACUGGACCAAACUGUGACCAGAGGAAGGCUCCUGUGGUGCGGAAGAACAUCCACUCCCUGACCCCAGAAGAGCUCCAGGAGUUCCUCAAUGUCCUGGAACUGUCUAAGACCACCACCCAUCCGGACUACGUCAUUGCCACCCAGCACUGGCUCGGAAUCCUGGGACCAAAUGGGACUGAGCCCCAGUUUACCAACAUCUCCAUCUACGACUUCUUUGUCUGGCAACACUACUACUCUGUCCGAGACACUCUUCUUGGUCCCAGUCGUCCAUUCAAGGCCAUUGAUUUCUCACAUAAAGGACCAGCUUUCAUCACCUGGCACAGGUAUCACCUGCUCAGCUUGGAGCGAGAGUUACAGAGAUUGACCGGCAAUGACAACUUUGGGAUCCCUUACUGGAACUUUGCCACGGGGCAAAGUGAGUGUGAUGUGUGUACCGACUCUCUGCUGGGGGGCCGAAACCCAGACAACCCGUCCCUCAUCAGUAACCAGUCCAGGUUCUCCAGAUGGGGGGUGGUAUGUGACAGUUUGGAUGAGUACAAUCGCCUCGUGACUCUUUGUAAUGGCACCAGUGAGGGUUUCAUUCAGAGGGGGAUAAUGGAGAGAGGGAACACGUCUCUGCCCACCAUGACCGACGUCCGAAGCUGUCUAGGAAUCAGAGACUUCGACAGCCCUCCAUACUUCACCAACUCCUCCUUCAGUUUUAGAAAUGCUCUGGAAGGGUACGAAAAACCAGAUGGAGAACUGGAUGAAUCGGUCAAUAACCUUCACAACCUUGUCCACUCCAUGCUCAAUGGAACCAGCGCUUUGUCUCAUUCUGCAGCCAACGACCCCAUCUUUCUGGUGCUCCACACUUUCACUGAUGCCAUUUUUGACGAAUGGAUGAGAAGGUUUGUUCCAUCCAACGCCACCUUCCCAGAUGAGAUGGCCCCCAUUGGACACAACAGGGACUACAACAUGGUUCCCUUCUUUCCUCCGAUCACCAACGAGGAGAUAUAUGUUGCGUCUGAGCAGCUGGGAUAUUCUUAUGCCAUUGCCCUGGAUGAUGCAGGAGGGCCGGCUGUGUUUGUGCUGGGCUCCACUCUUGGGGGAGUCUUCAUCGGUCUCCUGGCGCUUCUUCUUAUCUUUGUGCUCUACCUGCGUCAACGGAGAAACAGAGGCUUUGAACCUCUGAUAAAAGCAGACUUCACAAAUAGAAAGUACACAGAGGAGGAAGCCUAGAUUUCC